ACAACCACAACAACACCUACCACAACACCAACAACAACAACGACGACCACAACAACCACAACACCACCCACAACAACAACCACAACAACAACCACAACAACAAGGCGAACAACAACAAGGAGACCGCCAUGCCGUCCCAAGCCAUGGUGGCCAAACAGGCCAUGCGGACCCGGCGGUCGGCCCUGCGUUGGAUGCCCACCCAGGGGACAGCUUUGCAUCCACCUGCUGUCACAGCUGAAGAGCCUUGAGCGCAAGAUCAGGAAGUGCGUCUGCGGCCAGUCACUUUUCCUCUUGUCUUAA